AUGGCUCCGCAGCAAAUGGAGAUGCCAGACUUGACCAAGAUCCCCCUUGGAGUCAAUCCUUCGGGUGCGCCACCUAACUUCGAAACCCCACCAACACUUGUUCACAGCGCACUGGGAACUGGGGUUGCACUUGUCAUUAUUGGUGGCAUUUUUCUCGCAUUUAGGCUUGGUACGAACUUGAAGCUCUCCAAGAAGCUUCGACUUGACGACUACCUUGCGGUUUUCGCAUUCGCUGGAGGCAUUGCCUACUGGGUCCUGAAUCUGAUUAAUUCGAACAAUGGCCUUGCGAGGCACACUUGGGACCUUCCAAUGUCGACCUUCACCAUCCCGGUCAUGCAAAGGCAAACAGCAAUCAUGUUUGUCAUCGCACCCACACUCUGGGCCUCCAAAGCAGCUAUCCUAGCCCUGUAUAUCAGGAUCUUUGGAAGCGUGGUUUGGCUGCGACGCACAUCUUGGAUAGGCAUCGUAUGCAUGGCUAUAUUCUACAGUCUGAACAUUGUGGCUGCCGGGGUCUACUGUCUUCCAAAGAUGGGAGAGAUGUGGGGACCGGGCGUUUUUGCGCGUUGUGCAAAAUCGACAUGGAUACACGUAGUCGUGGGCGUCUUCUCUUGCAUCGCCGACUUGGUGAUCUUGGUGCUGCCAUUCCCAGUUCUGAUGAGACUGCGAGUCUCGCCCAUCAAGAAAAUCACCCUGGGGCUCGUAUUUGGCACUGGUGUCAUCCUAGUUGUCAUGAGCGUAGUAUCGCUCUGGCUGAGGGUCUUGAUCUUCAAGGAAAUCGAUUCGACCUGGAACGCGACUCUGCUUGAGAUAGUAACUGUCAUCGAACUAUACGGCACGAUAGCAGUGAGCUGUGCGCCGGCCAUGUCAGCGUUUUGGCUCAAUAUCUUCACCAAGACGACCAUCUGGUCUAGACUCAAGUCGUCAGCAGUCUUCUCCUAUAUUAGAUCCCGCACUUCAUCGUCCAGGCAGACUUCGCAGGAGAAGCCAUCUUUUGUCGCUACCGUACCGACGACCCCGCUACCGCCGCCAGCGAAGGUCGAACCAACGUUCCACUCGACGGAGAUCCUGAGGGAUGGCAGCUACGAUUCUGAAAGCGACGGCAUGUCAAAGAAGUCGACGAGCUCGCAGAGCAUGGUAUGA